GGAACCGUGCCUUUAAUCACAUCCAAGCAAGAUUGUGCAGUCAUUUCCAAAUCAAGAGUAACAAAGAGUUUACUGACGUACUGCUGCAGACUAUGCAUGGAGCCGGCCCACUUGCUGUGCUUGAGCUUGUCAAGCUGAAGUCUAGCUUUGGCUGCAGCAUGUGGAUCAACAUAUUGUUUGAUCAAGAGUUCCUCGAGUGCGGCUAUAGGCGUAGCCUUCAGCCAUUUGUUCAGGAGGACAUCCACAACCUCGACGCUGUGGUGCAGAAUCACAAACGGGCAUUGGACCAAGUCAACAGCCGCCUCCAGCAGCUGGAGCAACAACCCGUCACCGCCUCCGUCGCCAGCUCCUCCAACACCUCCGACUGCCUCAAUGCAUUGGAGAUCGACGUCGGAGCCCUCAAGGACGACGUGCAGUCACAGCAAUUCGCUGCGCAACAACUAGAGCAGCGGAUCUGUGUUGUCGCCGCCAACCCGAGUUCGGCACCACGUGAGACGACUCCAAAGUCCGACGGUCAGGAGAUCUUCUGCGAUUCGACGAAGACGGACCCGACGUCGUGGUUCUGCAAGUUUGAACUCACGUUGCAGCUACACCAUGUCAGCGAGCACAAGCACCAUGCAUACUUAUACUCCCGGUCGGGAGGCGCGUGUCAAGCAUGGUUGGACAACCUCUUGUCCAAGUACGCCGUGGUCGCUGCCGAGUUACACACCAAGAUCAACUGGGACGAUCUAAAGGCAGCGUGGCAUAAGCGGUUCCAAGUAGAGCCGCCAGAGAUCGAGGUCAUGGACAAGUUGAUGACCUUCGAACAAGGCUCGCUGCCGACCACACCCGUGCUCAAGCCUCCGAUGAGGGAACAUGCAGGAGCCCACCGGCAGAUAGCGUCUCACUGCGAAUGGAGUGAAGAGCAAAUGCUAAAGGAGGUCAUAAAGUAUAUCCAUAUAAGCUUGAAGGAGGAAGUCGGUGGGUUGGUUAGAAGAGCGGGGUCAUCAUGGAGGAAGUUCUAUGAUGACAUGUGGAAUAAAUACUGGCUAGGAGGAGAUGAUUCCUUUCCUGAUGGCGUAACACUGGUACGCAGAUGCAAUCGCAUGCUAAGCUUCACUGGACUGGCUGCAAAGGUGCGAACCUUAGAAGACGUCAAAGCUGUCUGUUCCAGGGAAGAUACACGUACAGGGACGAGUACCUCGCCCUACACGGCCGAGCAGGAAGCAAAGGCCGCCGCCAUCCUCAAAGAGACGAGAGAGAAGGAGGCCAAGAAGAAGGCCUUGUUGGAGGCGCAGGCGGCGAAGUUGAAAAGGAUAGAGGAAGAGAUGGCCAAAGAGAAGGAGAGGUUGAAGAAAGAACAAGAAGAGAAGUUGAAGGCGGUAGAAGAAGAAGAAGAAGAGGAAGAAGAACAACCACUGGAAAUGCGAAGGGCAGGAAGAAGAGGAGAAUCCAGUGGCCGGAAAGAGGAUUUGAUGGAGAAGAAAAUUACAGAGUGGGUUGCGGGACUAUCCCUGGGAGAAGAUGAGGAGGCCCUAAUGUAUGUGCCUAGGGACGAACAGGAGGCAGCCGUAAAAGAAUGGGAGGCUGAAGGAGAUCCGCUUAAGCGGCAGGUGUUGGAAGAUGAAAAAAGGAUGGAGUGGAAGUUUCGCCUGACAAGGGAGAGGAAAAGAAGGAUGGAGGCGGCAAGUCAUUCGGCGAUAGAGUUAGAAGAGAUAAAGAAACAGAAGGAUCAGAUGGCGGUGCAAGUGGACUUAUUGGGGAAGAUGGAGAUUAUGGCAAAGAAUAUAGAGCGCCUAGCACGAGUCCAGGAAGAGCAACUUUUAUUUGGUAGAAGUCAGGACAUUGUUGUGCGCUCUAUACGAUCGGGGCUCCGGGACUUUGCACGGGAACUGGCGACACAGGUGGGCUCCGAAGUGAAGGCCCGCCUAGACAAUACAGAGUGCUAUUGCACGGGUGCCAUAAAGGGCGCCAGACUGACUGCUCCCAAGGAGGAGGAAGCACGACCCCGUAGGGAGCCUGUCAAAGUCAAGUUCCCCGAUUCCUACAGUGGAAAGAAGGAGGAGAACUUUGACAACUGGGAGGCCAAUAUUAAGACCUAUGUGCACUUGCAAAAGGUCUCCCCAGAUGAGCACGUGCUAGUCGCUAUUCACGCGCUAAAGAAGGAGGCCGCCAGUUUCGCCCGAUCCCUAGUUCGCGCUGCAAAUUGCAACGAGGAUGUAGUUGCCUACUCUGCGUUCACUCCCCUCGCUGAUUUUCUUAAGUUGUUGCGCGAACGAUUCGUAGAUGUCUCGCGCAGUGUCAGAGCCUCUGAUCGGUUGCAGACUAUCCACUCUCGUCAGUGGAGGAGUGCCAAGGCACUCAAAGGGGUAAUGGACGAUUACAUUAGCCAUAGAGCGCUGAAGAAGCUGAGGCUAAACUCGAAAGUCCAGAAAUUGGAAGACCCCAUAGUUAGUGUCCUCGCGGACAACCGCACUAUGCGAGUUGAGGAGUACGUAGAGGGAGUCCAGGCAUAUUUCCGCCUAGAGAAAGAUGGGAAGGUGGAGAAAGUUCUCCAUUCCUUGACUCUCCUCGUGCAGGAUGACCUCCCUUUUGAUAUAGUCCUAGGUAUGGACUGGGGAGAGGCAGCAGGGACCACACUCCACUUAAGAGAGCAUGAGUGUAGGCUCCCUAGUCCGGCAGGCGAGGUUAAGACUGUCCGUCUGUUCCAUGUGUCAGGAGUAGAUAACACCCUGGCACAUUGCUGUCUCAGUGCUCCUGCGUUCGCACGAAUGGUGAAAAAGGAGAAUUUAGAAGAACAGGUCUUCGUAGUUUACGUCAGGCCUGUCACUGAGCCUAAGGAAGAGAAACCCGUCGAUCCAGCUAUUGCCAAGUUGCUGGAAGAAUUCAAAGAUUUACCUGAGCCGCCGACAAUAGUAGUACCGCGGCCCAUCCAGCAUUGCAUUGAGAUUGAGCCUGGCAGUAAGACUCCCAAAGGAGCGGUGUACAGGAUGUCUCCGUGGGAGUUAGAGGAGCUACGCAAACAGUUAGACGAACUCCUAGAGAAGGGUUGGAUUAGGCCCAGUUCAUCUCCUUUUGGAGCACCAGUCUUGUUUGUUCCCAAGAAGGAGGGAGAGUUCAGGAUGUGUAUAGACUAUAGGGGUCUUAAUGCUAUCACGGUGAAGAAUGCAGAACCGCUACCCCGUAUAGACGAUCUUUUAGACCGGAUGCAGGGACGCAAGUACUUUUCGAGGAUAGACUUGAAGUCCGGAUAUCAUCAGAUAGAGGUCCAUCCUGAUGAUCAGUAUAAGACCGCGUUCCGGACUAGGUAUGGGCACUAUGAGUUUAUAAUCAUGCCCUUUGGACUAACCAACGCGCCAGCGACUUUUCAGCGUUGUAUGAAUGACCUGUUUAGGCCGUGGUUAGAUAGGUUUGUAGUAGUGUAUCUAGAUGACAUUCUAAUUUUUAGCAAGACCCUCCAAGAGCACCAGGGUCAUCUCAGGCAGGUCUUGGAAAAGUUGAGAGAGGCUAACUUCAAGAUCAACCCCAAGAAGUGCGAGUGGGCAAAGACCCAAGUUUUGUACUUAGGCCACGUCUUAGACGGAGAUGGCAUUAAGCCAGAGGAUAGGAAAAUUGCAGCGAUUAGAGAUUGGCCUACGCCCCGCACGCUGACGGAGUUGCGAUCGUUUUUAGGCCUAGCGAACUACUACCGAAAGUUUGUAAGAAACUUCUUUACCAUCGUUGCGCCCCUUCGCAGAUUGCUAAGGAAAGAAACAAUCUGGAAGUGGGAUAAGGACUGCACGUCUGCCAUGAAGAAGUUGAAGCAGGCGUUGAUAGAGUAUCCGGUCCUUAAGGUCGCCGAUCCGUCCUUACCUCUCGUUGUUACCACCGACGCGAGCCAGUAUGGCAUAGGUGUUGUACUACAGCAAGACGAUGGUAAUGGAUAUAGACUCGUAGAGUUCAUGUCUGCUAGGAUGCCUUCAGAGAAGGUAGCGACAUCCACCUACGAGAGGGAACUCUACGCUCUCAGGCAAGCACUAGAACACUGGAAGCACUACUUGCUUGGGAGACACUUCAAAGUCUAUUCAGACCACGAGACGUUAAGGUGGCUGAAGACGCAGGCCAAGAUGACACCUAAGUUGACUAGGUGGGCCGCAGAGAUAGACCAAUACGACUUUGAGCUCAAGCCAGUCAAGGGCAAGUAUAAUGUAGUUGCGGAUGCUCCAAGUAGGAGAUCAGACUACUUUGGAGCGAUAGUCCAUUAUCUGGAUAUAGGGAAAGACCUGCAACAGAAAGUUAGAGAGGCGUAUGCGCAGGACCCUAUCUAUAGUGACCUUCGUAAGAAAGUAAUGGAGGCCCCAGAAACCGAGCCAGAUUACCGCACUAUAGAGGGGUUAUUGUUUGAGAAGACUAAUGUUGUUGACCGGUUGUGCAUUCCUAAUAGUGAGGAGAUCCGUAGCCUGAUCCUAGGGGAAUGUCAUGAUACUGAGGGACACUUCGGUUGGCAAAAGACCUCAGCCAAUCUAAUCCGCGCGUACACUUGGCCAGGGAUGAAGAAUGAUUGCAUAGAGUAUGUCCGCAGUUGUAAAGUGUGCCUGAGGAACAAGACCACCACGCGUGCCCCUCUAGGUCUUCUUAGACCCCUGCCUAUUCCUGACCAGCCCGGAGAUUCCGUGUCCAUUGAUUUCAUGGACACCGGCGUCAAGAGUAGGCAUAGUAAGAGCCAAGUCAUGGUCAUAGUAGAUAGAUUUAGCAAGACAUCGGUUUUUGUUGCAGCAGCAGAACAGGGUCUUGGCCAUGACCUUCCUGGGAUAAUAAGGCGGCCGAAAAGUACCGAGGACAGAGAACAGAACUGCGACAUAGUGGUAAAAGAGAUGGGAUCCCAGUUCCAUUAUGACCUGUCGCAUAUCAGUGCCAAUCGGAUCGUGCAAGGCAGUUUGGUCGACAUCCGAGACCUUGUGGAUAUUAUCAUUGGCUGUUUCCCACUGUCUUCAGGUGCUGCAACCCCACAUCUGCCGAGGAGUCGAAACGAUCACCCGACAGGAAGUGACGAGAAACCAGCAUUGAGAUUGAAUGGGGGAAAGCGUGGAAAGGAUAAUGAACCUGGUCGUGCUACUGCCGUUCUUGCGGCAGUCCAGAGGCAGAUUGAUGGAGAUCCAAACAGUGCAAGAACUGAUCCACUUGGGGGUGCUCACGAUUCCCAAUCUGCUCUGGAAACAUCAAGAUCAGCUCCAGCUCAAGAAUCGCAUUCACUUGUCUUGGAUGGCGGCGCUAGAAGGACACGAAAAACUUCAAAAGCACGUCCAUUUCCAACCUGUCAGAAUGCUGCUUCAUUCAACGAUGAUGGUGCUGGCUCAGCAAGAGGGGCGCGAAGUGAUCCACAUGGCGACCCUCGUCAUCGCCCUCUGCUGCAUGAUGGUCCUCUCGCAGAAAUGCCGGAAGGCCCAAGAACAGAUCCACGUGGAACAUCUCAAAAGAUUCCAUACCCCCUUUCCAUGGACCAUGAUCCUACUGGAACAGUGGAAGGUUCACAAGGAAGUCCACCUGGGACUGUUCUUCCUUCCCCAAUUGCAGAUGCUAUCGCGAUGGAAAUAGUGAACGAUUUGCUGACCAGUCUAGCUGGAGAUGUUCGAUCUUCUCCUUCAGUUGACGAUGAUUCUGGAGUACCAAAAGAUUCAAGGGAGGAUCCACCGCUUGAGACCACUCAUGAUCCCAUUGCAUUGCACCAUGGUCCAGCUGGAACAGCAGAAGGUCCACAAAGAGAUCCAAGCAGUUCUCUUCAUGGUCGACCCUUGCCCGUUGAUGGUGAAGUGUCACAAGGUUUCGAAGCAGAACGACCACAAACAGUUCAGAAUCCUCCUGCCGAUGAUGAUACUGGUAGCACACUACAAGGUCUUAUGGAUGAUGCAGCUGGGGCCACUCAUGACUCCAUUUCAUUGGACGAUGUUCCUGCUGGAACAGCAGAAGGUGCGAAGAGCGAUCCACCUGCAUUCUUACAAGAUUCCCCACCAGGUCCAAUUUCGGAACCGGGUCCACUCAGUGGUGUUCACGACUCCCCUUCACUGGCCCAAGAUUCUUUGGUGGUUCCAGAAGGUCCAGAAAGAGACCGACUUGCCCCCUCUGCUAAGCCAGUUCAUGCUCAAGACGAUAAGGUAGUGCCCUCCGAGGGGGGAAUCUCUGAUGCCAAGCCUGCUGGUGUGAAAGGUACGUCGAGAGGCUCAGGGAGGACCUCCAACACCAAGCCUGCUGAUGUGAAAGGCACGCCCAGAGGGUUUCAUGCUGGUGUUAGAGUUAGAGUUUACCCUAGUCCCAGACCUCAAGACUCUCCUUCACUGAUCCAGGGUUCUUUGGUGGUUCCAGAAGGUUCAGAAAGAGACUCACGUGCAGCCAGCAAUGUUUUGUCUUCACAGAAUCCGGAACAUGCCCCCUCUGCUAAGCCAGAUCAUGCUCAAGACGAUAAGUUAGUACCCUCCGAAAGGGGGAUCUCUAAUGCUAAGCCUGCUGAUAUGAAAGUUACGCCGAGAGGCUCAGGCAGGACCUCUGAUUCCAAGCCUGCUGAUGUGAAAAGCACAACCACGUCGCCGAGAGGGUUUCAUGCGGGUGUUAGGGUGUAUCCUAGUCCCAGAGUUCAAACCUCAAGCCCGGCGGCGCUCUACUCUCCAGUAAAACUCUUGGAAUUAAUUUCUGUUGAAUCUAGUCAGGGUCAAGGACAGGGGGUUGAGCAGUCUAAAUCUGAUGUGGCUGGAAAACAGGAAAUGACAGAAGAUGGGACAGCAAUGUUGUCGCCGAGGGGUCUCAGCACUUCAAGAAGUGAAGCUGGUGCUGGAGAGCAGGAAAAGGCAGUGCCUGGAGGUGAGGUCGGAGAGAGUGAGAAGGAAAAAAAAACCGACAUAGAUGUGAUGAACGACGAUGUGUCAGCCACAGAAUUGGAUGCUUUGGUGGGAGAGGUCAGUGCCUUAGAAUCUGCAGAUGCAGCUGGCGAGGAUGAUGCUGUGUCAGCUAGAGAAUUGGAUGUUUUGGUGGAAGAGGUUAGUGCCUUAGACUCUGGAGCGGGAGAUGAAGGGAAGGAAAAGGGUGAUGCUGGUAUGAAGAAUGGUGCAUCGGCAGGAGACAUCAGGAAGCAAGGAAAGGGGGUUCGUCAAGCACGAGGACCCACCGCCAAAACCAAGAAGCCAAGGAUUGCCAAGAAGAAAGAGGGCCAGGAGGAGAGGGCAGUCGGGAUGACAAAAGGUGAGCUGCGAAAGGACACGGUGGAGGGAGUAGAGAAGGAGGCUACUGAGGGGGCAGGCUAUGUCAGCUCCACAGGGUCACCAGUGGGCAGAGCCAAAAAGAGAAGAAUGACCAAGCAGAAGAAGGAAGAGUGGGAGACACCAAGAAUGGCAAAGGAUGAUGGAUCGACUGCAGCAAUGGGAGUUGUGCAGGGAAUGCCAAAGGUGGUAAAACAAGUUCCAGACGAAGCGGUGAGUGCUAAUCCUAGUGAGCCCCUAACAUCGAGAACAAGGACCAAAAAGAAAAAGAAGAAGGAAGGGGAGGAGGGAGCACGGGCCGUCAAGGAUGAUGGGGCAACAACAGAGAUGACAGUCGAAGAGAUCGCAGAGGAGGUGCAGGAGACGUUAGGAGAUCUCGACUCCAUGGGAACAUCAGUCGGUAUUCCAACUAAGAAAAGACGGAAGGUAAAGAAGAAAAGCGAAGAGGGAGAUGGGGGGAGUACGGCGAGGGACAGUGGAUGGGUCACGCAAGCACAAACCGAACGGAACAGGGGGCGUGGAAAGGAGGUUCAUCAAGGAGAAGGCUAUGUUGAGUCCAGAGGCACAUCAGUUGCAAAGACAAGGAAGAGGAGGAAGUUAAAAAGGGAAGGAGUAAAAGGAGGAGCUGUGUUGAAGGAAGAUGGAUGGGCUACGGAUGUGACAGCUGAAAGAGGGGGAGAGGAGACUGAGCGCACUAAGGAUGGCAAUUUCCCAGGUCCUGGAGCAAGAGUUUCGAAUUCUGCAGGGCCAAAGGUUUCCAAGUUCGCGGGAGGGAAAGGUUUCAACUUCGCGGGGCGGAAAGUUCCCAAAAAGUUUUCAAACGUGCGUGCACUAAGGAGGGCGUUGAAGAAACGGGAGCCAACGAAAACGCCGAGAAGUCCAGCCAAGAGCAAAAGGAGUUUUCGAACGGAGGGAGCUGGAUCUGGACAGGGUGGAAAUCAGGGCGCAGAAAGUUUGGCAGGUGAACAGCAACAGCUCCAAACUCGAAGUCGACAUGAAGAUCGGAAUCAAGAUCCCAAUUGGGCACAAGAACUGAAGUGGGGAGAUGAGGUGUUGUGGAAAGCUGGUGUUCAACUGCAGAAGGAUGAAUGGGUACCUGAAGACAAUCGGGUUAAUGAAAUGAGGUGGGGAGAGGAGCUAGAGUGGAAAGAGAAGGAUGGCUGGCAUCGUGAAAUUCGACAAUGGACUUGGGAAAUUGAAAAACCAAAUGAAAGCCCGCACAAGCUAGAAAAGGGGGGGGGGGUGCAUGUGCAGGAAUUGACCUCGGAAGGCAACAUGGGACAGGUGGACAUGGGGAACUCAGAGUCAGGAGUACAAGAAGGUGCAGCAGACGGAAAGAAAGCAGCAGCAAAUGGAGAGCCACAUGCAAGAAGUGUGAGUGUGAGGAGAACAUUCAUGAGGAAGCAGUACAGGAUCAGGGGUAGUACCGGGCACAGGGUGUUAAUGCUGCGCUCUGUUUAUGCACAACCCCUCGUACCACCACCUUACCGAACCGACCACCGAACACAGUACUUGAUCAAACGACCACUUCUUCACCCAAAGAAAAAUGGUGUCGAACAUGAUGUGAUGGUUGGCUUAAAGACAGCACAACAUAUGGGAUGGGGCCGAUUUCCGUCAAUGCUUUCAAAGAAGUGGAGGCGAAAUGAUAAGGGGAAGAAAAGACUGGGGAAGUCUACACGAGUUCAGACGCUGAACAUAGAGGACGAAGAGGGCACCUCAUCAUCUCCCCGAAGAAACAGCAAUGGAGAAGUGGAAACCAGGGAUGUUGAGAUCAUACACAUUGACAGCCAGGUCAAUUCCACAGGGAUGGGGCAACCAAGUUCUCAUUCCGAUGCCGGCUCCUAUUCCAAUGCCAAUGCCAACGUUUCAGAGAUUGGUGAAGGAAACUCAAGCUCAGCAGGACGCGUAGAAGAUGGAGGAUCAGAACCACAGUCAGAUUCAGAAGCACAAGAAAAAGUCCAGCGUUCUGCUAGUGCUGAUGCUGGCGCUGCUGGUGUUAGCGCAACUCGAAGCGCCAACGGAGCGGUACCAGCACAGAUACCCAACGGCAUUGACGGAGCUACUACGGACAAUAGCAACGGACAUUUUCAGCAGUAUGGAGCAGAGCGACCAGAAGGACCAAUCCCAGCGAUUGGACACAGAGCAGGUAGUCUCAGAGACAUCCAAACAAUCAGGGCAGGCGAUGGAGAUAACUCGGCAGCCCCUGACGGAGCACACCACACCGCAAACGAGGGAAAAGAGACUGAAGGGGAAGGAAUGGCAGGAGAGAGCAUAGGGAAUGAGAAGCAGGCAUCAGACCGGCCCAAAGAGGAAGGGAAAGAGGAGGAAGAGGAGGAAGAGUGGGAUGCAGAGGACAGCGAGGAGGAGGAAGAAAGAGAGCCAGACACACUAGAGAAGUGGGUUUUGGUGCGUCCACGACCUGGAAUGGGUAAUCCCUUCUCUCUCACCUCCAACUCGUCGUGGCUCACCUGGGCAAAGAAAGGUAUCUUUACUGUUGGGGACCUAUGGGACCCGAGCACAGAGGACUGGAUAACCACUGAUCAGCUGCAGCGGAGAUUGAAAUACGCCAGUGCCACGUCAGCAACAGUGCCACAUCAGCAACAGUGCCACGUCAGCAGUGCCACGUUAGCAACAGUGCCACGUCAGCAACAGUGCCACGUCAGCAGUGCCACAGUGCCACGUCAGCAGUGCCCCGCCACCAUGACGGGCUCAGUUUUGGGCAUGCCAGGCCAACUGGCCAAUGAGUCCAUUGCCGAGUACCGACAGCGUUUCGAAGCUCAGCUCGCACUGAUCGAGGCUGAGAAACAGCGUCAGGCGGCAGCCGAGGCUGCCCACCUACAAGCUGAAGCGGCGGCAACAGCUGAAAAGCAGCGGCUUCAAGCCAAAGCAGAAGCAGAUACCCAGGCACGCCACAAGGAGGCCCAGGAUCUGCUACAGCGGCAUGAAGCCACCAGCAUUGAAAAGCUCAAGUUUUCGCAUUUUGAAAUCUGAGCAGCACAACGACGCAACACCGGAAGAGCAGCACAAGGAGUUCCUGGCCAAACUCGUGA